AGACCGACAUAAACGCAGUAGUGUAUACGGAAGUUCCUGGGCUCAGUAAAACUGAGGAUUUCCCAAAGUUGAGCAUUCAGGUUUGGCAGUUAGGUGAGACCCCCAACUACCUUUGAAUUUCUCGCCGCUGUUCGCAGAGCUCCAGAGGUGAGGAUUUGAUUGCACGAGCAAUGCUGAGUUGAAACCAGAUUUGAUAUUUAUAGUGUGUGUAUUAAUAUCCUGGUCAACCCAAGCUGAAGAAGCUCAAGAAUCAAGAUCCCCCUCCAAUCCCCAUAUCUGAGAAAGUUGACCCACUGUUCAUGUUAUCCAUCUUGCAAGCCCAAAAUCCGCCAUUUCUGAGCUGGGAUUCAGGGAUUCUUGUAAUGCCCAGUUGAAGAAGCUAAGCAGAUUUGAUCUCUGGAAGUUGAAGAUCCCCAUUUCUGAGAAAGUUGACUUCUUUGAUACAUUUUUUCACAUUCUCUAUCCGAUUUCUGAACUGGGGUUUCUCUAAUUCUUGCAUGGGGGAGGAAGAGAAGAUCCCCAUUCAAAGCAACCAAGUGGAGGAAAACGAGGGAGAUGGAGGGAAAAGGGGGUGGGGGUGGGGGUGGGGGCCAGUGUAUUGGCUGAGAAUGCUGGCCAAGGAAACGCACUGGAGCUUUGUGUUUGGGGUGGUGGUGGUGUAUGGGAUCAGCCAGGGAUUCGGCGGCGCGUUUGGGCGCGUUAGCACGGAGUACUACAUGAAGGAUGUGCAGAAGGUGCAGCCCUCUGAGUCUCAGGUGUAUACAGGGAUUACUGCCAUUCCUUGGCUUGUGAAACCGCUCUGGGGUCUCCUCACUGAUGUGGUUCCCAUUUUGGGAUAUCGCAGGAAGCCUUACUUCAUUUUUGCUGGUUCUCUUGGAAUUGUCGCUAUGCUGUUCUUAUCAUUGCACAAGAAGCUGCAUAUUGUGCUCGCACUGCUCUCCUUAACAGCCGGAAGUGCCGGGGUUGCAAUUGCUGAUGUCACUGUUGAUGCGUGUGUGGCACAGAAUAGCGGUACCCAUCCUUCCCUUGCAGCCGAUAUGCAAAGCUUAUGUGCCUUGAGUGCCUCUAUUGGUGCACUAGUCGGGUUCUCUUUAAGUGGUAUUGCUGUCCAUGUAAUCGGGCCUAAGGGGGUGUUUGGCUUGUUGGCUAUACCAUCAGGGCUCGUGUUUUUUGUUGGAAUUUUGCUCGAUGAACCUAAGACACACAAUUUCCGUUAUCAACAGGUAAGCCAGAAUUUUGUGGAUGCUGCAAAAGCAAUGUGGAGAACUUUGAAAUACCCUGCUGUUUGGCGGCCAUGUCUGUAUAUGUAUUUGUCCCUUGCAUUGAGUUUCGAUAUCUCUGAAGGAGCGUUUUACUGGAUGACAGAUGCGGAGGGAGGACCUCGUUUUUCGAAGGAGAGUAUUGGUUACAUAUCUGCUAUUGGAGCUGUUGGAUCUCUGUUGGGCGCUAUACUUUACCAGUACGGAUUAAAAGACCACCCGUUUAGAGAACUGCUCUUCUGGACUCAGUUACUAUUCGGUCUCUCGGGAAUGCUGGAUUUGGUGUUCAUACUACGCCUAAACCUGAGAUUUGGCAUACCGGAUUACUUUUUUGUGGUGAUAGAUGCCAGCAUUUCUCAAAUGAUAGGCCGGCUCAAGUGGAUGCCCCUUCUGGUACUAACCGCUAAGCUCUGCCCUCCCGGCAUCGAGGGCACAUUUUUCGCCUUGCUCAUGUCGAUCGACAAUUCUGGACUUCUUACAUCAUCGUGGGGCGGAGGCUUCUUACUCCACAUCCUAAACGUCACAAGGACGCAGUUCGGUAAACUCUGGCUAGCCGUCUUGAUAAGAAACAUACUAAGAGUCACUCCUCUUUGUCUGCUGUUCUUGGUCCCGAGAAGCGACCCCAACUCUUCCCUCCUCCCGAGUGAAGUUCUGAGCUCGAGGGAUGGCGCUCCCGAGGCUCCUGCAUCACCCCAGGACCAGAAUGUCGAGCUUGUUUCCCUCGUGGAGAACAUGGAUAACGCGAGAUAGCCCGAGGUAAAAAAAAAUUUAAAAAAAAAAAAAAAAACGCAAAUCUUUAAGUAAAAAGAAUUUGAUUCUUAUGCAGGCUGCUACUUGAACUUGAGAAGAUACAUAGAUACUAUAGAGCACAAACUUUCCUAGUCCCACACUGCUAUUCCUUGCAAAUUCAUUCAUUUUGCAUUUGAGUUUUAAAUGGUGUAAUUGAUUGGCAAGAGAGUUUGUUCCUGUUUUUACUUUCAGUUCAUUUUUGUUACUGUAAGCAAAUUAGUUUAUGCAGAGAGAGAGAGAGAGAGAGAGAGAGAGAGAGAGGCUACACAAUGAAAACCCAAGGUUAUUAUAAUACAUACUACAUACAUGGUCAUUAUUAA